AUGCCGGCGUACCUCUGCAUCGACGGGGGUGGGACAAAGACGAGUGCGUGGAUCGCGAUCCGUGACGAGGCCGGGACGCGCAUGGCGCGAGGCGUGGCGGGGUCGGGAAACUUGACGUUCGGCGUUGAUGUCGUUCUUGCGUCGACGAGCGCGGCCGUGUCGGCUGCCGCGGCGGAACUCAACAGUGAGAGGGGAGGCGAGUGGCCCCCUUUCGAAGCAGUCUGGGCGGGCUAUGCGGGCUGCGGGCGAGUCUCGGACCGCGAGCUGCUGUAUCCCGACCUCGCGCCACUGUUUCCCCACGCCUCACUCCGACUCACAGGCGACGGCGACCUGCUCUGUGCGCCCAUGGAGGGGCUGGGUGCGUCUCUGAUCUGCGGCACGGGGGCGCUCGCACAACUCUGGUGCGUCCCGCCUCAUGGUGAGCCGGUGCGCCUCCUCAGAUCAGGUGGCUGGGGACCCGUCCUCGACGACCGCGGCAGCGCCUGGUCAUUGGGCAAGGCGGCCGUGUGCUCUGUGCUGUUCUACGCCGCGAACGAGAUGCCCCUCCUGUCAUGGCAGGAGCAGCUGCUCAGACGCCUGGGAACGGACGCCGAGGAGUUGAUCCGCACGACGAGCGCGCUGGACACAGGACUUUCGCACGCCGACGCCGACUCAAAGCGCAAGACGACCAUUGCGGGGUUUAGUGAUCUGGUCGUCGCGGCCGCAGAGCAGGGGGAUCAGGAAGCGGCCCGCAUUCUGCGCCGGAUAGCGGGGGAGGUGUGCGAGAUCCUAGAGCCAGUGAGGGCGAAGCUGGACACUGUUCUGGAGCAGGAGGCACAGGAGAUGGACGACGAGGGAAGACAAAGGGAUGGAGGAGAAAGGAAGGAGGCAACACUAGUCGUCGCUGGCAGCUUGGGUCUGAACGCGACAUUCUGGUCCUUCGUCGAGGAACAGUUCAGAGCCCGUGGGUGGGUCUGGUCGCGCAUCGCUGUCGCCGACCCAGCACGGGUGGGGCUGGAGCACCUGCUCCGAAACGCUAGCACCUCAGGUCGCAGUGUGAAAGAGCGCGUAAGCGGCCCCCCUCCCCGGCUCACUUCAAGCGUUCAGCAGUUGUAG